AUGCCGGUUCACUGGCCGCUUGAGAAGUUGCAAAUUUCGGGGCCCUGUGGCGAAGUUACGAAGAGUCCACAUAUCCUACAGGGACGGGUUGCGCAUUUGAUUCUGUACUUUGCGUCGGAGCUGCGCUUUGAAGGGCCGACGUCUGAUGAGUUGAACCUAGCGUAUCAUGAGGCAAUCGAGCGCGGGGAAAAGAAGAAGGAAUACAUUGGGGACAGCGGUAUCCAGCUGAUCAUGAUGAGCUCCCUCGCGCUCGAGUGGCUGGCGAACAAGUAUCCAGAGGGUGAACAUGACGCGAGUCAAUUCAGGCUCGAGCCGGAGAAUCAGCCCAUUGAAGGCGAGGAGAUCCGCACUCGUACGCUUGAGAUUAUCGAGAACGAUGCCAUCGACACGUUCCAGCGCAUGUCGCUCGCCCUUCCACAUGUCGUCCAAAAUCUCACAUCUCUCACUCUGCGAUCAACCUCGAAUCCGCCUGAUCCUCGCUGGCUACACGAGGCCUUCUUCGGCGGUGUUCUCAAAGAAAUGACCAACCUCGAAACCCUCCACCUCACUGUUGGCGAUAUCUUCCAAAAGGAAACCUCCCUCCCCGCACUCUUUACCUGGCUCCCGCCGAAUGUAACCACGCUGCAUUUCCGCGGCCCCGCGUCGCUCGUGCGGUCCAAGCGAUGGGAGGAAUGGGUCGCAGCAUUCGAGUCGACGGAUUUUCUCCCCAAACUGCAGCGUCUCGCAUUCGUGCUGGAUCUUUAUUAUAAAGAAGGCGAGUACAGCAAAGAGCUGGAAGAUGCACCGGAGGAUCUCUUACUCGAGGCCCGGGCCGCGUGCGACCGAAUCUGCGAUGCUGCGCGCCGUCGCGGAGUUAAGGUCGAGCCAUUUGAGGACAAGUGGGCGGGCAAACACGUGUGCCUACGGCCGGUAGAUGCGCGGUGGUCGUCGCUAUCCCCGUCAGCCACUCAGCAGACCAACCACAUUAGCUCGAGCGACUUGUGA